CAAGAGAAACGGAAGAGACGUCAGGAGCGAGCGGAAGUGUAGCGUAGCCGUCAUUGUGUGGAGGUGUGUUGUAUUCUGUUUAUCCUGCCUGCGAAAAUGCCGGAGUUAGCGGUGGAAAAUGUGGUCGUUCACCCCCUUGUGUUGCUCAGCGUGGUGGAUCAUUUCAACAGAAUAGGAAAAGUGGGAAAUCAGAAACGAGUGGUCGGUGUCCUCCUGGGGUCAUGGCAGAAAAAAGUUCUGGACGUCUCAAAUAGUUUUGCAGUGCCAUUUGAUGAGGAUGACAGGGAUGACUCAGUUUGGUUCCUGGACCAUGACUACUUGGAGAACAUGUAUGGCAUGUUCAAGAAAGUUAAUGCCAGAGAACGAAUAGUUGGCUGGUACCACACAGGACCCAAAUUACACAAGAAUGACAUUGCCAUCAAUGAGCUCAUCAAGCGGUACUGUACCAAUUCGGUGUUGGUCAUCAUAGACGUGAAGCCCAAAGAUCUCGGUCUGCCCACAGAAGCAUACAUCUCCGUGGAGGAAAUCCAUGAUGAUGGCACACCAACAUCCAAGACAUUUGAACAUGUCACCAGUGAGAUUGGAGCUGAGGAAGCAGAAGAAGUGGGAGUGGAGCACCUUCUGAGAGACAUCAAAGAUACAACGGUGGGCACACUAUCACAACGCAUCACAAACCAGGUUCACGGCCUAAAGGGACUCAACUCUAAGCUGUUGGACAUCCGCUCUUAUCUAGAGAGGGUGGCUGCAGGCAAACUUCCCAUCAACCACCAGAUCAUCUACCAGCUGCAGGAUGUUUUCAACCUGCUGCCUGAUGUAAAUCUACUGGAGUUCACAAAAGCCUUUUACCUAAAGACCAAUGACCAGAUGUUGGUGGUCUACUUGGCCUCGCUCAUACGCUCUGUGGUGGCUCUGCACAACCUGAUCAACAACAAGAUUUCCAACCGAGAUGCAGAAAAGAAGGAAGGACAGGAAAAGGAGGAAGGCAAGAAAGAGAAGAAGGAUGACAAAGAGAAAAAAGAUGACAAGGAGAAAGACAAAGACAAGGAGAAGGAGAAAGCAGACGGUGCCAAGAAAGAUGAGAAGAAGAAAAAAUAGUGAGCGUUCUUCCUCUGCAGUCCUCUCUCAAAUCACACCGCCAUCUUCUGGAUGGUGCUCUACUUUGUGUCCACGGGCACAGCUCUGUAUGUGGGUCUCGGGCUAAAAGUAGGACUCUAUAUGGGGGAACGGUGUCAUUUGAGAUUUGGUCUCAUGGUCACAAACGGCACUCUCAAAGACUUGUUAUCCUACAGAGAUGAUGUUUGCUCGUCGGUGUUGGCCAAUGUGAGAACAUGCUGUGUCCUGUUUUCAUAGUUGCAAACACCCGGUGUUGCUUUUUUUUUUCUUUUUUGUAUGUUCGAGGAAAAUGUUUCUGUAUCAUUCAUUAAACUUGGAUCAUAUUAUAAGA